AUGUAUUCUCCUGACCAGUUCAUGAACCCCGGACCGGCUCCCCGCCCGCCCGCCGACCGUCCGAAGUUGAAUCUCCCGGCUCAGUCGACGGCCGCCUCGUUCGGCCAGAUGAGUCUGAACUCCCCGAGCACCCCCGGUUCCGCCAACCUGUCUCUCUUCCCAAAUACCAGCUCGCCCGCGCUCUCGCACACCAAGACCAAUCAGUCGCUGCAGGGCGGGGUCUCCGUCGUCAAAGAGGGCUAUGUUCGCUCCAAAGAGGACAAGUUCCUGGCCACCUGGAACCAGCGCUACCUGAUUCUGAGGGAGUUUCGCCUGGACUUUUUGAAGAAUGAGACCGGCAAAGUCGUCCUGUCCAUCCCGCUCACCACCGUCACCGGCGUCUCGCGCUCGGAAGACACCCGCAUGGCCUUCGAGAUUGUUCGCCUGGCUAAUCCCAAGGAUGCUACCUCCAAAUCCGCUUUGAUCACUCGCGACGUGCCCACCAAGAGUAUCACCUGCGAGGUGAAGAGUGACGACGAGAUCUACGACUGGAUCGAUAAGAUCUACGAGCGCUGCCCCGGCAUGGGAGGCGUCAGCAACCCGACCAAUUUCAGCCACCGCGUUCAUGUGGGCUUUGAUCCCCAGACGGGCGCUUUCGUGGGCUUGCCGCCGGAGUGGGAGAAACUCCUGACGGCAUCGGCCAUCACCAAGGAGGAUUACAAGAAGAAUCCGCAAGCCGUCAUCGAGGUGCUGGAGUUCUACUCCGACAUCAAAAUGCGCGAGCAAGACCCUCAGUAUUACGGGGGCAUGGUUUCUUCGUCGCCCUCGAACCAGUCGAAACCUUACAGCAACAGUUCCGUGGGCAGCUCCAUUGCGCCCCCGCGACCACCUCCGCCCGCGCCCUCGCAGCGGCUGGACAGUGGACCCUCGAGUCGCGCUUCUCCCCUCGGGUCCCAUGGCAAGCCCGAGUCGGACCGGGCGCUGGAGCAGCAGCAACAGCUAGAGAGAAUGAAGGAGAUGGCAGAUCAGGAGCGCCGCCGCGUGGAGGACGAUGCUCGACGGGCUCGCGCACGCGAAGACGAGCAAAACCGACUCGACCAGGAGGCAUAUAAUGCCUCUCUCCCCAAGACCCGUGUUCCGAUGGCCAAGCAGGAGCUGGGCGGUUAUGGUGGCUCCGAGCAGUCGGUGAAUGAUCGUUAUAAGCCCAGCCGUCCAGCCCCGCAGGCUCCUGGUUCGACCCGGCCGCAAGAUCCUGCUCGCCAGCUGACGGCCCAACGUCCCGCACCGCCCCCUCCGACUGCUUCGGGCCAGGGUCAUCGACCUGGGGACUACGGAGCCCGGGCCCCCGGCUCUCGAUCGGACGAGAGCUCUCCCAGCUCGCGAUACCCUGCGCAUGAUCCGCGGUCUCAGAACCCGGCGGCGCGCGCUCCGGCUCAGGGCCCGCCUCCCACGAAACUGCCGGCCCCUGUGCAGCCCGUGAAGCCUCUGAAUAUCGCUAACAAGCAGGCGACCAAUAAAACAGCCGUGCCCGAUGGCGUUCGUCAGGCCGAGGCGGCCUUGACUAAGAAGCCGGAGCCUCGGAAGGAAGUCCGCAUGUCGAACAUGAGCGAAAAUGAGGUGAUGGAUCGACUUCGCUCGGUGGUGUCCAAGGACAACCCCAACGAGUCCUACAGCAAGCAGCGUAAGAUCGGUCAGGGUGCCUCGGGCUCCGUGUACGUUGCGCGGGUCAAGGAGCAUGCCGCCUCCCCCGUGGCACGCGAGAUGUAUCGGCAGUACGGACCCCGGUGUCAAGUGGCUAUUAAGCAGAUGGAUCUGCGCAGUCAACCUCGCAAGGAGUUGAUCGUCAACGAGAUUAUCGUCAUGAAGGACAGCCAGCAUGCGAAUAUUGUCAAUUUCCUGGAUUCCUUUUUGCAGGAGCAGAGCAAUGAACUCUGGGUUGUCAUGGAAUUCAUGGAGGGUGGUGCUUUGACGGAUGUCAUUGACAACAACCCGGUGAUUCAGGAAGACCAGAUUGCCACGAUAUGUGCAGAGACCUGCCAGGGAUUGGCUCACCUGCAUAGCCAGAACAUUAUUCAUCGUGACAUCAAGAGUGACAACGUCCUCUUAGACCGCGCCGGCCAUGUGAAGAUCACCGAUUUUGGUUUCUGUGCCAAGCUUACCGAGUCGAAGAGCAAGCGAGCCACGAUGGUUGGUACUCCGUACUGGAUGGCCCCUGAAGUGGUCAAGCAGAAGGAAUACGGACCCAAGGUCGACUGCUGGUCUUUGGGAAUCAUGGCCAUCGAAAUGAUCGAAUCAGAGCCGCCAUACCUGAACGAAGAACCGCUGAAAGCCUUGUACCUCAUCGCGACCAACGGUACCCCUCGCUUGAAGAAGCCCGAAAAGUUGAGCAAGGAGCUCAAAUCCUUCCUGAGUGUCUGUCUCUGUGUUGAUGUCCGCAGCCGUGCGACGGCCGACGAAUUAUUGGCCCAUGAGUUCUUGAAGUCGGGUUGCAGCCUUGCUAGCCUGGCCGAAUUGCUCCGCUGGAAGAAGAACAGUCAGUAA